UCGGACGGUCGCACGUGUUGAGUUUGUUUUUAUUUCGUGAAUUGCGACCAUCUUUUGUAUUAUUUUAAGCAUGGCAGACUUUGAAAUGGAAGCCAGCGAGUCCGAGUUCGAAUCGGACGACAAUUCAGAUGCUGAGUUACAAGCGGCUUUCGAGCGCGGCGACCUGAAACCGGGAUUAAAUGUGGAGUUUAGUGAGCAACGCGUUCGAAUUAAUGACAUUCAAAAACUUCUUGCCAAAACAGAGGCUAUUCGUAUGAAAUUGCCUUGGGUGGAGCGUCUGGAUAUGGUAAACAACCUGGCUCCUUUGGCACCUGAACUAGCCGUGCAGCUGGAGAAGCACGAACAAAAACGUGCAAACCAGUUCAAGGGAAAUGCUAAAAUACCUUUUAUACGUCCCGAGGAGGAUCCGGUUUUAAAUGAUUUCAAACGCGAAAUGCUGUUCCAUCGACAGGCACAGAGCGCUGUCCUGGAGGCUAUUCCGCAACUCCAUGAAUUGAAUGUAGCCACUCGUCGGCCGGACGAUUAUUUUGCCGAAAUGGCCAAAUCCGAUGAGCACAUGCAGAAGGUGCGCGCUAAUCUAAUGGCCAAGCAACAGGGACAAGCCAAGUCUGAACGCAUUAAGCAGAUUCGCGAACAACGCAAGAUGGGUAAGAUGCUGGCUAAACAAACGAAGGUUCAGCGCGAGGCCGAAAAGAAGGAAAUGCUUGACAAACUGAAGAAGUUCCGAAAGGGAAAACUCAAGAACUUGGACUUCCUUGAAGAUGCUAAGGCACUUGAAGCCAAGCAGAAGCAAUCCGCGGAUAACCGGAAACAGCGCGACAAAAAAUUCGGCUUUGGUGGCAAAAAGAAGGGCAUGAAGCGAAAUACCAAGGCCUCAGCUGCCGGGUUAGAAUCCGAGAAAAAAACGCGUCGUCAACGUGGCGUCAAAGCAGGCGCCUCAGUCAACAAACGUCUAGGAAAAUCACGUAGAAUCAAAGCCAAGACUAAAAAAUAACUCAUAUUUAAAAAACGGAACUAGUUUUAAAUGAAGUUUACAAUCCAUGUGUAAAUUUAUUCUUUAACUAUAAAUAUGUACAUUAAAAUUAACGCAGGUCUACUACUCGCUA